AGCCAGUUCAACGAACAAAUUCUUUGUAUCAGUAUUGUGAAGCCUUCUGAUGUUCAAGCUUGGAUGGAUUUCAGUUAAAUCAUGAUGGAACCAGAUCCAGAAGAUGUCAUGGACACUUCUCCAAUUAUAGUUAAGGAUUCAGAUGAUGUUAUGGACAAUCCUCCAGUUAUAUAUCAUGAUCCAGAUGAUAUCAUGGACACUUCUCCAGUGACAGAUAAAGAUCCAGAUGAUGUCAUGAGUGCUCCUCCAGUGACAGAUCAAAAACCAGAUGAUGUCAUGUGUGCUCCUCCAGUGACAGAUCAAGAACCAGAUGAUGUCAUGUGUGCUCCUCCAGUGACAGAUCAAAAACCAGAUGAUGUCAUGAGUGCUCCUCUAGUGACAGAUCAAGAACCAGAUGAUGUCAUGAGUGCUCCUCCAGUGACAGAUCAAAAACCAGAUGAUGUCAUGAGUGCUCCUCUAAUGACAGAUCAAGAACCAGAUGAUGUCAUGUGUGCUCCACCGGUGAUGCAUCAAGAAUCACGUGAUGUCAUGAUUAACCCUCCUAUGACUGACAGUCCUUUUGCUACAGACAGAGAUAACUUUAAAGGCAAGCAUCAAGAAGACCCUGGGAAGAAUGACUACCAGUCACAAAUUCACCCAUGCAUUGACACCUUGAAGUUUAGCAAAUCUAACCAAGGACAAUAUACAGAAAACCCAAACAAAGCCAGUUAUGACCCAGUUAUGACAGACUCAGCCACUAAAACAGAAAUCCAUGUGCAGCCAACUUUAGUUCCAUUCACAUUGCUGGAUCAAAGAAAGGAACAAUCACAAUGUGUAAAAGAAAGCACAGACCACAACAACAAAAUAAAUACUCUGGCAACCUCAAAUCAAGAACAUGAAGAACACAAGGGUAAUGUGAUACCAGUAGAAGAAGGGAGCAACCCCAAACUUGAUGGUCAAGCAGGCAUAACUGUGGCCUCAGACUUUGAUGAUUUAUCUUACAGCAGCACAGAUCACAGGGUUCCCAAUUUAACUGUUGCAUUAUUUGGGAAUUCUGCGGCAGUCCAGUUUGGAUGUAACAACAUUCUACUUGGAGAAAAACAACUCCAUCCUGAGAAUGCAGAAUUCUCCAUGAUUAUUCCAUCACAGAGGAAGAUAUCAGAACAUCACGUCACAGUAAUCAACAUUAUUGACUCACAUGAGACUGAUCUUCGCCCUUUUGAUAAUGUUAUUAGUCAUCUUCUGAAUGAAAAUGAAAUCCAUGCCUUCAUCUUUGUUGUGCAACUGGGCCAGCUAACAGAUGCCGAUAAGAUGGGUAUUGAAUGGCUACAGAGUAUAUUUGGUGACAGAGUUCUUCCAUUUGUGAUGACUCUUUUCACCUAUGAUAGAGAUGAAGAGUGUGACACUAUAAUAGAUGAAUUGAAGAAAAAUUCUGUUCUGGAGCAACUGGUUGAAAAAUGUCGACAAAGAUAUCACACCUGCAGAAAGACGAUGAGCAACCAAUCAGAGAUGAGAGAAUUGAUGGACAGGAUUGAACGUCUGCAUAUUGAGAAUAAUAAGCAGUGCUACACCAGUGAGAUGUUCUCCGAUGUCAGAAAACCACAAAACAGUGAAUUUAAAAGUGGCCCAGAAACAGACAUAAGCACGAAAACACAACCUUUUGGGAGCUCUGAUAAAGCAAACAGACGAAAGCUAAGUGCAGAGCAACUAAUUCACAGACUUCAUCUUGAAUGCGAAAACCAAAAACUGACAACUGCAGAUUUUCUUCAGCUAACUAUACAAUCACAGUCCCAUGAGUCUUGUACAGAGGAGAAGUUGGCUAAGAUUUAUCUGCAAAAAUUACUGAUGAUGGACUACAGAGCAAGAUGCAUGCAAACACAAGAGAACAAAGAACAGGAUCGCACACAACAAAUUUACUUAUCUGAAGAUGUGGAUGAUGCUUUUAAUGAUAUUUUCAAAGAAAUGCCUAAACUUCCUGAUGAAAAUAAUAAAUUAGAUUCUGUCCACUUAAUGGAUGUUCAAAUGGCCUUGUUCCAUUGUGCUGAUAGUUUCCUAAAGCAACUAAUGGUGACUAAACUUGCACAGUGUCAAUAUGCUCUGCCUCUUCUUGUACCCAGUCCAUUCACACAACAGAUUGAGUUUCCUCUCUGGACCUUCCGACAAAUCAAUAAGAGCUGGAAGAAAACUGAUGAUACAGGUAAUCUCUUUAGCCAAUUCCAGCCAGUCUAUAAGGCAGAAACUCCAAUGGUGGCUUUCUUCAGGUUUGGCUCAGUGUCCUCAUCCAAGUCUCAGCUGAUGAACAACCUGAUCAAUGAGAAACACAACACGUUUUUCCACAGGGACUGCCCAGGCAGCAGCAGAAUCAGUGUGCUGAUGGAUGGAGUGGUGGAGAUUGCCUGGUACUGCCCCUCUGGAGAGAAAUCAGAUAAAUAUACUGACUGUGUUGCAUUUUGUAAUCUACAUGGUGAUGCAGGAGACAAUGAGAAGCAGCUGGAUAUCAUUACUGAAUUGGCCUCUGUAAAUGUAGUCAUUUUACCACAGCUUAACAGGAAUGACAGCAACAUGACAAAGAUACAAAAUUUCUACAAGGGCUCGAAGCCACUCAUCUGCCUUCUUACCGAGAAUGAUUCAGCUAUCACAGAAAUACGAAAAGGGAAAUACAAAAUUGGCUUGAAAGACAGAAAUCAGUCUGAUGUAUUUGAAGAACUCAGAAGAGCUAUAAAAAAUGGACUCUCGAAUCCAGAAUUGUCUUCCAAAUCACCAUCCUUUUUCAAGCUUGAAGAUAUGGCUAAGUACUCAGAUAUCAUCAGAGUAGAUGAGGAUGAUAAUGAUGACUGCAAGAAAGGAAAAGAGGCAGCACAGAAGAUGAUGGAUUUACUGAAGAAUAAACAGCUGACAGAAAUCAAAGAAUCAUUUCUGCCAUGUCAGGGGAAACUGUGGCACCAGUGGUGCCAGAAGAAUAAAGAACUGCAUCGACCUACACUGGGAGAAGUGCAUAAAGGAAAAAACAUAGAAAAGAUUAAAUGUUCUAAGAAAUCUGAAAUGCAUAAAAUCCGUGAACAGCAGCAAACAUCUGUCCUGAGUCAGUUUAUCCAACUCUUUAUCCAAAACCUGAAUUCAGAAGGAGGAAAUGCAACUGCAUAUUUUCUUAAAUGGCUGGGGAUCCUAUUGGAUGACUUCACCACUGAAAAUCUCUCAGCCCUCCACCAUGAGUAUGAUGAAAAGUGGUCAGCAGUACUAAAUCUUAAAAAGAAACAUGAUAAAUCACAGCAACUGACAGCUAAACAAAUAGAACUUGAGCGACUAUCUGAGAAACUACAAGCUGCAACCUUUGGCGUGGAACACAUGCUGAGGGAGAUCGGUCAGAUAUAUGAAUCAUGUUCGUGUAUGAAGAAGAACAAGAAAGACCUGAAGUUAAACUUCUCUUCUCUUCCAAUGCUUGCCGCAAGGAUGAUGAUUUCUGGAUUUCCACUGGAGCUGAUGGAUGGAGAUGCUGCUCAUGUUCCUCUGUUCUGGGUUACUGCUGUUCUUGAUGAACUCAUCAAGACCCUAGGAAACCAGAGAGUCUUUGUGCUGUCAGUUUUAGGGAUCCAGAGCUCUGGGAAAUCCACCAUGUUGAAUGCCAUGUUUGGACUGCAGUUUGCAGUCAGUGCUGGCAGGUGCACUAGAGGAGCUUUCAUGCAGCUGGUCAGAGUGUCAGAGGAGAUGAAAGCACAGCUGAAGUUUGACUAUAUUCUAGUUGUUGAUACUGAGGGACUCCGUGCCCUAGAACUGGCUGGAAGGUCAACAAGAAAUCAUGACAAUGAAAUGGCCACAUUUGUUGUUGGUCUUGGGAAUAUGACAUUGAUCAACAUCUUUGGAGAAAACACAUCUGAGAUGCAGGACAUUCUUCAGAUUGUUGUUCAGGCUGUCCUGAGGAUGAAGAAGGUCAAACUGAAUCCAAGCUGCAUGUUUGUGCAUCAGAAUGUUUCAGACAUCACAGCUGGAGAGAAAAACAUGGAGGGAAGGAGACGACUUCAAGAGAAACUGGAUGAAAUGACAAAACUUGCUGCUAAAGAGGAAGACUGUGAUAAAGAAUUUUUCAGCGAUGUCAUUGCAUUUGACAUCCAGAAUGAUGUGAAGUAUUUUGCACAGCUUUGGGAGGGCAGCCCACCCAUGGCACCUCCAAACCCAGACUACAGCAGAAAUAUACAGGAACUGAAGAACACCAUUCUCUCAAAUGCUUCUAAGGCUAGCUGCUUUACACUGUCACAGUUCAAAACUCGUGUCACUGACCUGUGGAAUGCACUGCUGAAUGAAAACUUUGUAUUCAGCUUCAAAAACACACUAGAGAUUGCAGCAUACAGAAAACUGGAAACUGAGUACAGCGACUGGACUUGGAGCCUCAGGAGUGCCAUGAUGAGUAUUGAAGAAAAAUUCUACAACAGAAUUGCCAAUGGAACCGUUAAGGUACAGGAACAUGACCUGCUGAAUGACAUGAGGAAGACAAAAGACGAAGUAGAAAAGUCCGUAAAAUCUUACUUUGAGGAGGACAGAGACAAAGACAUUCUUUGUGAAUGGCGAGGAAGAUUUGAAACCAGAAUUAAAGAGCUUCACGAUGACCUUGUGAAGGGAACAAAAAGAAAGUUGGAUGAAGCUAUUGAACAAAAAAUAGCCAGGGAGAAGCUUGAUACAAAAAGGACAGAGUGUGAAAAUAAGCUUUUCAGUCGGAGCAAGGAACUUGCUUUGAGCCUGAAAGGUAAAGACAUAGAUGAACAUGUGCAGCAGCAGGAAUUUGACGCAAUGUGGAGUAAGUGGGUCACUGAAAUGACAGAGGAUACUCCAAAACUGAAAGACUUUAACUUUUGGGAGGAUGUCACACAGAUCUUAUCUGAAAACCAUGAAAUUAAUCUUGUACAUGAACGAUUCAGUCAAACAGAUUUUAAAACGAUAUACCGUCGGGGUGAUUAUUGUGACUACAUUGUACUAAAGAAGCAUCUAGAGCGUUUUGAUGACACUGUACCUUCAGAGGAAACUGACGAGAACUCCAAGAAAAGCAAGAGCAGGACAUUUAAGCAGUUCCUAAUGUAUUCAGCUCAAAAAAUGAUGUCAGGCUUCAAAUAUGAUACAGGGUUACAAAAGCAAACAGAGAACAAGGACCCAAAAGCUGAAUAUCAUUAUUCGGUAAGGAAUCUAAUUCAGAAAACUGUUCAAGAAACUGAGAAAAUAAUAAAGAACUCACCAGUGGAAAAACGGGGCUUCAAUGAAAGUUACAUUCAGGAAAUAACAGACUGUGUUAAAAAGUCAGUACAGCAACAUCAAUUAGAGAACCAGAAUUACAUAUUGAAAAAGGAGUUUAGCGUAGAUCUCUGUCUCCAUGUGUGUGACAUUGCAAGACAGACAUUUACCGAACUCCACCAAAAAUUCAGGGAAGCAAAUGAUCCAAGAAUUUAUCUCGAGAAGCAGAAAACUCAAUAUUCAGAUGUUUUCAAGAACUACCACAAAGGUGCAACAACAACAACCAUACUGAGUGAGUGGAUCUGCAGCAUACUAGAACCAUCCAUCCUGGAAGCAGUUUACAACAUAACUGCUCUUGAUUUGGCCGACAAGAUGAGGUCUGACAUAAAAGCGUUAAAAGAGAACAGACCAAAUCUGGAGAAACACAUUCUGAAAUCCCUUGCAAUGAAGGAGGACUUUGCGCAGUACAUAGAAUACAUUCACAAUCCCAGACAACACUUCAAACAAUUCAUAAAAAAUGAAGUGGACAUGUACUUUGCCAAACAAAGCAAAACGAUUAUAAAAAUGUUCAUAGGAAAUUUAAAACAAAAAGAGCGGAUUGUGAGUAAUGCAGUGCAAGUUGCGACGGUGGAGGUGAAGAAUAAGCAAGGGGAUGGCGACAUGUGGCUGAGAAGCUUCACAAAAAUCCUAAUAGAUGAGCUGAAAUUCACUGGAAAUUCAUGUGUUGAUCUCAAAGACAUUAAAGACUUGGAUUUUCUUGAGAAGGUCUUAAGUGACAGUUUAAAGGAGAGGAUGGCAAAGCUACACGUCAGUUUUAAAAGCAUUACCGACAUAAACAUGGAAAAGUGCAGGAAGAGGCCAGACGAGAUUUUAAUUGACCACUUCUGUCAGUGCUGUUGGGUUCAGUGUCCUUUCUGUAAAGCCAUCUGCACCAACACGAUGGAAGACCAUCCUGGAGAUCACAGUGUUCCUUUCCAUCAUAGUAUUGGAAUGAAUGGGUGCUUUUACAGAGGAACAACAAACUUGUGUGUUCAUAUCUGCACAACAGCGGUAGCAAGUGAUCUAGGUUUUUAUCCAAAUUCUUCAGAUGAUAUAGUCCCCUUUAAAGAAUACAGAAAAGGAGGUCAAAUAUAUGCUAACUGGAGCAUCACCCCUGACCUCUCUGAGCUGCCGUACUGGAAGUGGUUUGUGUGCAGAUUCCAGAAAGAUCUGGAAAAAUACUACAGUAAAACAUUCCAGGGAGAUGGUGAAAUUCCAGAUGAAUGGAAACGGUGCCAAAAAAAGGAAGCUAUGGAGUGUUUGGAUAAAUACAUCUAAUAGAGAAGGAAUCUUUUAUUUUAUUUUUUUUACUUUAAAACUGAAUGGUUCUGUACAGUAGCCUAGUGUUUUCAAACUGAUUUUACAGAAGGAAAAGUUGAUGUAUUAUUGUGAAGUAACUCUGAUGGGGUUUUACUUAGAUUCAUUGAUCAGAACUACGGAGUAAACAAUGCGCAGAAACUAUCAGAGCCACAAUGGGAAAUGUUUCAUGAUCAACUCUUAAAAAGUACAGCCUAUAAAAAGAAAUUGAGUAAAUCUGGUCUAUUCAUGUUUUAUUUUACGGUUAAAAUGUUGUUUCUUUUAUUUCUGUUAAAACAUUAUGAUAUAUCAUGUUCCUGUAGCUCAACUGGUAGUGUUGGGAGUGCCAAGGUCACAAGCUUUGAUUCUCAAGGAACACGUGUAUUGAUAAUUAUUAUAUAUUUUUUUUAAGUCGCUAUGGAUUAAAGCUUCUAAAUGCAUAAAUGUAACAAUAAAUAAAGGCCUAAUAAAGUAAAAUCAAAUAAAAACAA